GACGAUUCUAUGAUGGUCCUCAUCAAUAUGUGCAGGAUGAUAUAUCUACCUGGUUCCAGUUUAUAAUAUGGUGGGUAGGAUUAGGUGUAUUAUCCAGUGUUGGUCUUGGUACUGGUAUGCAUUCUGGUUUAUUGUUUUUAUUCCCUCAUCUAUAUCUUAUAUCAUCGACAGCACAAGAAUGUAACAACAUGCAGUUUGACUGGAG